AAGUGCGGCCCUCUGGCACUCUGGCCUGGGUCACCACUCUAUACACACACAUACACUGGCACUCUUCAGUGUGCUCACUAGCCUAAUACAACACUAUCAUCCAAAUUUUUGUACACUAACAUAUUCCAGCACCACUCUCAGAACAAGGUAGAAGACAACAAACUCAGCUGGGAAUUACGUACACUACAUCGAACAGAAAUGUUGCACUUAUAUUUGUAUCUUUAGAUAAACAUUCAUCAUAACGUAAACACCAGUUAUGGACCCGACUUUACAUCUCAGCUUGAGUAAUUCUAGGCAGUAAGAGAAAAGUAAAAACAAACCUUAAGAUCGAAACAUAAUUGCCUGCAGACUCUCACAAGUCUACCAAAUACGUCCAGUACAGCCUCUUGUAGUGCCUGCAUCAUCAGCCAGGUAGUUUUUUUAGCAGACCUCAUCCCACACUCACAAACAUUCGUAUUUCCCAUCAGGGAAUAUCAACUUUUGUAGGGCUCUGAGCACGUCACUCAGAGCACCAGCAAGAUGGCAAACGCGCCGAACUUGCUGCUCUCGCACCACCUAUUGGGGAAUCCUCUCCUUCAGUACCAGCUGCUACUCAACAGCCUCCUUCUGCCCAUGGUGGCACCACCUGAGCAAUUCGACGGCACUGUGCCAGAGAGUACCUCGGUGCCUGAUGACGGUGCCAAUGUUGAUAUGGAUGAUUACCUACGCAUGACGGCGCUCUCUAACCAGCUGGCCAUCACGCAACUUAACCAGCUGGUGGCGCAGCUGGCUGAAUCUGACACUGGUGCCAACUGCAAAGACAACAAAAAGGGCGAGCAGAGGGAGCAGGAGGCUGCUCAGCAGCGGGAGUACCAGAGGAAGCUGCUGCAGCUGAUAUCAGAGGGCUUCAAGGCGCUGUCCAAGGAACUUGGUCACACCAAGACGCAGGUCGCCAGUGGCUUCAAUCUUACAGCUACCGGGCAAGAGUCGUCGAAAAGCAUGCUGCUGCAGGCGCUGCUGGAGGGAUUCAACAACAGCAACCUGGACGUGGCUGACCUGAGACGUCAAGUUGAGAGUCUCAGCGUCUCCUUCAACAUCGAACUACAAGAUCUGCUGGAGACACUGAAGGAUGAGACGACCCAGCUCUUCAAGAACCACACCCACCUUGUCACAGAGUUGUCAUCUGGAGUGCAGGAUCGAGUGCUGGAAGGCUUCAGUAACUCCAGCGUGGAGGUGGCUACCCUCCGUCAGCAGCACCAAGACCUCAGUGACUCCCACACCACCACCAUGCAAGAUCUGCUGGAGACACUGAAGGAGGAGACGACCCAACUCUUCAAGAACCACACUUACCUUGUCACAGAGUUGUCAUCUGGAGUGCAGGAUCGAGUGCUGGAAGGCUUCAGUAACUCCAGCGUGGAGGUGGCUACCCUCCGUCAGCAGCACCAAGACCUCAGUGACUCCCACACCACCACCAUACAAGAGCUGCAGGAGACGUUGCUGGAGGAGGUGGCCAAGAUGCUGAAGAACCACACUGUCCUUAUCAAAGGGACGCUGGAGCUGGCGCAGGUCACGGCAACAGGCCUGCUCAAGCUGCAGGCUGACUACCACAACAUGACUGACAUCCUCAGCGACUUCAUUACCAACUUCGACAACUUCACAGCCACCUUCCCUGCCAUGAUCCCGACGAGCCAGAAGUGUGAAAAAAAUGACUCAGCAGUUGUGGCAGAGUGCCCCAACCAGUUCUUCCUGGUGGAGGAAGAGUGUUUCUUCUUCAGCGGGGAAGAGGAGCAGCUGACGUGGGCCCAGGCCAGGAAGUUCUGCAGGAACGUGGGUGGUGACCUGGCAGAGCCACACGACCCUCUGGUCUUCAUCCUCGCCCUCAGGAGCCGUUUUGGAGAGGAGGCGGAUGAGCUGUGGGUAGGGGGAGAGGAGAAGCAGGAGGUGUCAACGCCGGAUACUUCCUUCAGAAGUGACACUGGCGUUCCCUUGCAGGAAGAAUCUGCACUGUGGCAUUGGCUCUCUGGAGCGGUAGUGGACCACGGCUGGCAUAAGGGCAGGCCCUCAGGGCCCGUUGGAAUCGAGAGCUGCCUCACAGUGUCUAAACUGUCCCUCAACAGUGCCUACUGCGGCAAGGAACUUCGCUUCGUCUGCGAGUACCCCAGGAACCCAUAAACAUCGACAGCAAGAAACUUCACUGCGUAUGCAAGUACCGUAAGAACCUAUGAACAUCAACAGCAAGGAACAUACCUUCAUCUACGAGUAUUCUAAGAGACGAUAAACAUCGAUGACAAGGAAGUUCCCAUCGACAACAAGUUCCCCAAGUGAUUACAAGCGUUGAAGUCAGAGCUAAGAUCAUCGCUGUAAUGGUGGUCUUUAAGUCCUGGAUGUCUCAGUGUACAUACACAGAGAGGUGUGUAUCUCUUAGUGUACAUACGCAGGGAAAUGACCAUAAGUUUUAAAGCGGAAGGCCUCGAUCAGAUGACGAAAAGCUCCAGCGGCGGGUCAUCAUCUAAGACCCGUGUCAGGAAACACUUGUCCUGUUUCCUGACGAACCUUACCUAAUCUAGCAGGGAAAUGUGUAUCACCGGGUGUACAUAUACAGAGGUAUGUAUCUCUGUGUAUGUAUACACAGACGUAUGCAUAUGUUAUAUAUACACAGAGGUGUAUGGGUGUAUAUACCCAGAGGUGUUUAUAUCUCAGUGUAUAUAUGCCGAGAUGUGUAUACCUCUGUCAGUAUAUACAGAGGAAUGUAGGAAAUAUUUUUCACUUUAUAUACUGACAGGUAUGUAUCUCGCAGCACAUAUACACAAUGAGGUAUUUCAUUAUAUAUACACCGAUAGGUAAGAAUCAACCUGUGUAUAUACACAGAGGGGUAUCUCACUAUAUAUACACCAAGAUAUGUA